AUGGAAAGAAAGAGAAAAUUACCUGCGAGGUCUUCUCGUGGAGGAGAGCCUGCGAACAAAAAACGGACUGCUACUCCUCCAGAUCGAUCAAUUUCAGCAACUCCACAACCACCCAUUGAAGAAACUCUUCCAAAGAGCAUUGUUGCCGGUAUGCCUUUGCCCACUGUCGACGAGCCUCAAUCCGACGAUCUUUCUUCUAAAGAUUUUCAAACAAUUUCCGAAAGCGGAGUUCUUGCGGAAUCACUACAAAGAUCACGACAGAAAUGGGUCAGCGAAGGUAUAUUUGAGAAAUAUUGGACGAAACCGACGAAGAAGAAGGGUGUUCCUGCAGAACCUCUGAACAAUCCAGGAAAGGAUACUAUGACGAAGCUUGGAACAUGCCAAAUCACCAUCGAACCUCAUGUAUUCGAUGCUACUAUGUAUGCUAUUAAGGAACCAAAGUCUGCCUUCCAAUCUACUCAACAACAGCAAAUGUAUCGCCCAAUUAUUCAGUAUGGCCCUCCGAAUGGAGUUAUGCCACCACUUGCUCCUACACAAGCACCAAGUCCGGCACAACAAAAACCAAUCCAGACAACACAACCAACAGUACAAACUAUGGCUCCAAAUCAUCCUGCGCCGACCGCUCCAAUGGUUCUGAAUCCUCUUCCUCCUGCGCAAGCACCACCGAUGAUUAGCGCUCCAAUGAAUGGACAAACCCCUGCACAGGGUCCAAACAACCCGAAUACCAAUUUAUCUCAACCGAUUAGCACAGCUCAACCAGCCCAGCCAGCCCAGCCAGCCCAGCCAAACAAGAGUACAGAUCCUGUUAUUCAAAUGUUAGCAGAGAGAGCUGCGACCGAUCAGCAGUUGAAGGGCUUAAUGAGAAUCGUGGCAAAUGGUGAAGCAACAUCUUCUGAACUGAGACAGUUUCAAAAUCACAUUGAUGAAUUGAAUGCGAUAUCAAAGGCACGCCAAAAGUCUGCUGCUCAAACCGCCGCCCAACCACCCAUGAACGCCAACUCGCAACCACCACCACCGUCUACAACUCAACUUGGUGGACCACCAAAUGCACCGGUCGCUAAACCUGCUCCACCACCGACAUCUGCUCCCAUUAGCGCGCCACCUCAGCAACCUCAGCAACCUCAGGCCCUUCGAUCGAAAGGUCCAGUAGCUCCACCUAAGCCAGAUAUUUCUGGUGUUGUGUUCGAGUUUAAUGGAGGUAACGGUGAUCGGUACCUUUUUCCGAAAUACAGUAUCCUUGACUAUCUUCCCGGUGGCCAAGUUAUAGCCUCAUUCCUCAUUGUUCGUAAAGGUAGUAGCAGCGAUUCCACCUCGUACGACCCGGAGCUCGAUUAUUACCAGCCAGUUACUAUUCGACUCUAUACUCACCAAGGCAAACAACUCGACUCGUUACAAAAGGUCGUUGCUUCCCCGGACGAAGUCCGUAGAUAUAUGGAGGAUAUCAUGGAUAACACGACAAGAGCCGAAUAUGUUCUACUGGCCAUGCGUCUACCUAAGGAUACUGAACCCGAAAAGGACGGUACACCUGCAAAUUCUUCAGACCAGCCAGAAUCGGACGCCAACAACGCUAAUUUACCACUCUGGCAAACUACAAAUGGACCACCACCCCCACCAGUAGCAAAGCUACCAAGAAAAAUUCUCACGGAAGAGGAAAAAUAUCAAUCUUUCAUUAAAUCAGUUGGUCGAACUCUCUAA